CGACAUAUAGGCGGUGAACAUGACAUCGGUCCUGCCUACUCCGGGCACCCGCCUGAGUCAUUCCGGCUUUCUGGGGACCGUUAGAUUUGUCGGUCCGGUCGAUGGUACCCAAGGCGUCUGGCUCGGCGUCGAAUGGGAUGAUCCCAAGCGCGGCAAGCACGAUGGCGUCAAGGAUGGAAAGCGGUACUUUACGUGCCUCGUCCCAAACAGUGGCUCCUUCAUACGCCCGUCCCCUGCCAUAUGCUAUGGCGUGACGUUUCUCACUGCCCUCACUGCCAAAUACGUCGAAUCGCCUCUCGGCGCACUGUCAUCGGAGAAAGUCGUUUUAGGCUCCUCCGGCGGUGCAAUCGAGGUGGAAGCAGUUGGUCUUGACAAGAUCAGAGGCAAGCUAGCGCAGCUAGAACGCUUGCGUGAAGUCAGCCUUGACAACGAAUGUGUCUCGCAGGCGGACACUCCUGGAGAGCUUGCACGCAAAUGUCCUGGAAUCCGCGGAUUAGACCUAUCCAAGAACUUGAUAUCGGGAUGGGACGUUGUCUCUGCUAUCACUGUUGAGUUAUCAGGCCUUCGCAGGUUGUCACUAAACCAAAACCGUCUCAGACCACCGCAAUAUUUCUGUGUCGCCGCAUUCGAGCGGCUUGAAGAGCUGCAGUUGAACGCAACGUUCACGACGUGGGAAGAGUUUCAGGCCAUUAUCCCACACAUGCCCGCCCUCGCGUCGGUGGAGUUAGGCUACAACGGCCUGAGGUCUGCGGAUAAAGUACAAGGGCACGACACCGCGCGCUGGCCCAAAAAUUCAACCAUACGGAGCAUCAAUCUGGAUGGCAAUGAACUCGAUCAGUUCGCGGACGCGUGCGCCCGCAUGCACAACCUCUCUGCAUUACAGCGACUCGUACUCACCUCAAACCACAUAACACAGAUACCCUCGCCCUCUGGGGAUGCCGGGACUGCUCCUGCGGCUGUCUCCGGGGGCUCGCCCGUCGGGGCGCUGAAGCAUCUCGCGCUCGCGUUCAACCGCAUAGCGUCCUGGUCCGACAUCGACGCACUUCCGUGCUGGUGCCCCCAGCUCGAGUCGCUCACGCUCGCCGGCAACCCCCUGUUCAACGAUCCAGCGCAUAGAAGCCAUGCGCGCCCAUACACCAUCGCCAAGAUCCCGUCGCUCCAGAUCCUCGAUGGAGCUGCAGUAUCGCCGAAGGAGCGCAGAGAUAGCGAGAUCCUCUACCUCUCCUACAUCAGCAAACAGGCCCUCUCCGAGGACGAGAAGCGCGCGGCCCACCCGCAGUACGAGCCCCUCUGCGCCAAGCACGGCGCGACGGACGCCCCAGCCCCCACGACCAAGGGCGCGCAGGACACGCUGGGCAACCGCCUCAUCGGCGUACGCAUCUAUCUAGCGUCCGGUGGACCGCCGCCGCACAGCCUCCCCUCGGAAGAAGUAGAGGAGUACCUUCGCGGCUGCCGGGCCGACGUGGCCCUGCGCGUUCUGUCCACUAUGUCCGUGCGGCCCUUGCGGCUGAAGGCCAUAAAGUCGCUCAAGAUUCCGAAGGCGCAGCAGAGCUCGAUGCGGCUGUGGAUGGUGAUGCCGGACGGUCACUUCGUCGUGAUAGAUGAGGAAUAUGCGGGACGGGACCUAUCUUGGUGGGGGGUAGAAGAGGGCACUAUAUUUGUACUCGCAGCGAGCGAAGCAUAG